AUGGAUGGAUGGACGGAUGGAUGGAUGUUUGGGUGGGUCGGGCAUGCGGAGGGAAUGGGAUGGCGAAUCAGCGCAUAUCGAAAACGGAACCGGCACCGAGUGAACGACAUCCAACGAGACGCAGGCAUUCGCCGGGACAGCCGCCACAAGCGCGCGCACACUGGUGCCAAGAGGGCCCAGAUCCGCAAGAAGAGAAAGUUCGAGCUCGGUCGUCAGGCUGCCAACACCAGGAUCGGUGUGAAGCGUGUGCACGCCGUUCGUGUCCGUGGUGGAAACAUCAAGUUCAGGGCUCUCCGUCUCGACACUGGAAACUUUGCGUGGGGUUCCGAGUCUUCCACCCGCAAGGCCCGUAUUGUCCGUGUCGUGUACAACGCCUCCAACAACGAGCUUGUCCGUACCAACACUCUGGUGAAGGGUGCCAUCAUCGAAAUUGACGCUGCUCCUUUCCGUCAAUGGUACGAGGCUCACUACGCCCAGGCCAUCGGUCGCAAGUCCCAGAAGCACAACAAGGACGAGACCGCUGAGGACCCUCUUACCAAGAAGCGUUCCAACCACGUCCAGCGUAAGGUUGACGCUCGCAAGGAGGGAUCUAAGGUUGAGGCUGGUCUCGUUGAGCAGUUCGCUGCCGGUCGUGUUCUUGCUCGCAUUGCUUCCCGCCCUGGACAAUCCGGCCGUUGCGACGGUUACAUUCUUGAGGGCAAGGAGCUCGACUUCUACCAGCGCAGGUUGAAGGCUAGGAAGGCGUAA